AUGGACGGAGGCUGGGAAACUGAGGUCAGUUUUCUUGCUUGGAGAACCUCAGUAUUUUUUAAAAUCUCUAGUGGAAAUGGGGGAAAAGGGCAUCUACGUGGCAGUGCAAGUCCUCACUCCGUCCCUGUGCCCUUCCUGGUCACAACUGGCAAAGGUGAGAAAAUCAAGACCUUCCUGCUCAAGGCCAGGGGAAAGGAGGCAAAAUCUGUUAAGAUCGAGAAAACUAAGGAUAAUGUGGGGUGUGCAGUUCAGUCCAGCAAAUACCUUUACACCUUGGACUCAGGGAAGGCAGAGAAACCGAAGUGGUCCCUGCCCCUGGGUUGCACAGUGAAGGAGCUGAAAUGAACCAGACAUGCUGAUUUAACUGUAUUGUAAUUUUUUUUAAUUCAAACAAAUGAAUAAAUAAUUAUUUUAAGGGGUGGAAAGGAUGCUUGUUUUCCAGUUGCUCCAGUUGGCCAAUCACAGCGGCAUCCGGUUGGGAUUAAUAUUGCUGGGUUACUUGGGAUAGUGGGUCCUGGAUUUGAUCAGGGAACUCACCAAGCUUGCAGCUUUUCAAUAGUGGAAUCUGUUGACACAAAAAAUCCUCAGCACUUUGGGUGAUUCAAGUGCACUUUCAUAAUUUGCUUUCAUUUUACCCUCUUUGUUAUUUCCACAUUCCACAAGAAUCCAUCGCUCCCCUCUGAAUUAUGUGCCACUUAGGACUGAUGCUCAUACCACCCGCUCAGGGAGGGCAACCUCAGCUUCUUGAACUCACAGAACCUAUUGUUCCGUCCCUUUCUUACCCAGUGCUGUCACUGCAGCCCUAUACUCCGGCUGGGAGGGCAUGGAAAUGACUCCCCAGAGAGCCAUUCAUCACAGUAAUAAAUGUCAUGUGUUUUACUAAGUUCCAUCAAAGUUCACCUCCACACCGAAGCAAAACAAUUGUUCUCUAUGCGUUCUUUUCUGUGUCAAAACAUACUGUUCCCCAAAGUGCAGGAGCUAUUCGUCUAUGUGUGGCAGGUAAACUUGAAGCUGCGUACACAUCUGUGCACAGACAGUGUGGAUGUGUUUGUUUUCAGUCCAUGUGAGCCCCGGUGAGAGACCAGCGCUUACAAACACCUCGAUGCCUGGCUGAACCGCCACUUUCACAGGCUUCGUGUAGAGACAACAACUACUUAGACGUGUGCAUUUUCAGUAUUAUUCUGAAUUUUUUUCCUAGCCGCCCAGGUGUGUUGAUUUUAAUUGCUUUACUCACUUAAACAUCUCCAAAGACUGUACUAGGUUAGUUAGCGGUGCAAGCCUGUUGCCGGCUUUCUGCUCUCCCCUUUUUUUUGCCCACAAGCCCAAAUUAACCAGCAACCUGCAUUGCUCAUUAAUGAGGCUGGGAUUCUUCUCUGUAGAGUUCAGGAAGGCAUAAAAGGCAGCCUGUCUUUAUGCUAACAUCAACUGUUUUCAUCAUCUUCUUCCUACCAAAUGCUCUCUGCCGACUUACUUCAGAAAAGAAGCGAAGAUUUCCCUAGCUUCUCAGAGUCUGCAGUCCUGCUGUUGAGCAAUUUUAGAACAAUUUACUAUGUAAGUCACCCAACAAAACAAAACAAAACAAAACAAAACAAAACAAAACAAAACAAAACACACACACACCAUGUCAAAACAAAACAGCCUGGGCAGC